AUGCAUGCAGAUUCCAGCUAUCUACAUGCCAACUAUGCAGAUUCUAGCUAUCUACAUGCCAACUAUGCAGAUUCCAGCUAUCUACAUGCCAACUAUGCAGAUUCCAGCUAUCUACAUGCCAACUAUGCAGAUUCCAGCUAUCUACAUGCCAACUAUGCAGAUUCUAGCUAUCUACAUGCCAACUAUGCAGAUUCCAGCUAUCUACAGCCAACUAUGCAGAUUCCAGCUAUCUACAUGCCAACUAUGCAGAUUCUAGCUAUCUACAUGCCAACUAUGCAGAUUCCAGCUAUCUACAUGCCAACUAUGCCAGCUACUAUGCAGAUUCAGAUUCAGCUGUCUACAUGCCAACUAUGCAGAUUCCAGCUAUCUACAUGCCAACUAUGCAGAUUCCAGCUAUCUACAUGCCAACAGAUUCCAGCUGUCCACAUGUCAACUAUGCAGAUUCCAGCUAUCUACAUGCCAACUAUGCAGAUUCCAGCUAUCUACAUGCCAACUAUGCAGAUUCUAGCUAUCUACAUGCCAACUAUGCAGAUUCUAGCUAUCUACAUGCCAACUAUGCAGAUUCCAGCUAUCUACAUGCCAACUAUGCAGAUUCUAGCUAUCUAUAUGCCAACUAUGCAGAUUCUAGCUAUCUACAUGCCAACUAUGCAGAUUCUAGCUAUCUACAUGCCAACUAUGCAGAUUCUAGCUAUCUACAUGCCAACUAUGCAGAUUCUAGCUAUCUACAUGCCAACUAUGCAGAUUCUAGCUAUCUACAUGCCAACUCCAUAUGCCAACUAUGCGGAUUCUAGCUAUGCAGAUGCAUGA